AGAAAGUAGUAUAAUUCAAAAUAAAUCAUCCUACAAUUUUAUACCCAUGUUAAACUCAUUCCAAAAUAAUUGUGAAAUUAAUCAUCCCUCCUGGUCCUGCUAAAGAAACCUUUAUUAUAAAUUUAUUAGAGUGUCUGUAUGAUGUAUACAUGUCUUUCCUCCCCCUAGCCUAAAUUCCAUCAGUUUUUCAAUUGGGUUUGUUGUAAAAAUGAAGGCAGAAACAGUGACACUGGUGUUGGUGAAUUUAGCAGGAAUAAUGGAAAGGGCAGAUGAAUCAUUGUUACCUGGUGUUUAUAAAGAAGUUGGUCAAGCACUCCAUGCUGAUCCAACCAGAUUGGGCUCACUCACCCUUUUCCGUUCUAUAGUUCAGUCCUUGUGCUACCCUCUUGCUGCUUAUCUAGCUGCUCGUCAUAAUCGGGCACAUGUAAUUGCUUAUGGUGCUUUUCUUUGGUCUGCUGCUACUUUCCUUGUUGCUUUCUCCUCCACCUUCUCUCAGGUGGCAGUGUCGAGAGCUUUAAAUGGGAUAGGCCUUGCCAUAGUUGCACCUGCUAUUCAAUCUCUUGUAGCUGAUUCUACUGAUGAUGACAAACGUGGGAUGGCAUUUGGAUGGCUACAGCUUACUAGCAAUAUUGGUUCGAUAAUUGGUGGAUUGUUUUCCUUAAUGAUAGCGCCCAUUACUUUUUUGGGAAUUCCUGGCUGGAGACUUGCAUUUCAUCUUGUUGGGAUCGUCAGCGUUAUCAUUGGUAUUUUGGUUCGCUUAUUUGCAAAUGACCCUCACUUCCCAGAUGGCAGUCUAAAAGCUACUAAUGAAGGUCCUGAUAAAUCCUUUAAGUCGGAAGUGCUAGGUCUCGUUCAAGAAGCAAAAUCGGUCGUAAAGAUUCGGUCCUUCCAGAUUAUUGUAGCUCAGGGUGUUACGGGUUCUUUUCCUUGGUCAGCUUUGGCCUUUGCGCCAAUGUGGUUAGAGCUUACUGGACUUUCCCAUGAGAAGACUGCUGUCCUAAUUGGCUUGUUUGUGGUAGGCGGUUCAGUUGGCGGACUCUUUGGAGGCAGGAUGGGAGACAUGCUAUCCCAGCAUCUACCAAAUUGUGGCAGGAUAAUUCUGGCUCAAAUAAGCUCAGCAUCAGCAAUCCCCCUAUCAGCUAUUCUUCUGCUGGCUUUGCCUGACAAUCCUUCUGCGGCCUUCAUGCAUGGUCUGGUCCUGUUUAUUACAGGCUUCUGCAUAUCUUGGAAUGCUCCAGCUACAAACAAUCCAAUUUUUGCAGAGAUUGUGCCUGAGAAGUCAAGAACCAGCAUAUAUGCUCUGGACCGAUCAUUUGAAUCUGUAUUGUCAUCUUUUGCUCCCCCUGUUGUUGGGCUACUAGCUCAGAAUGUCUAUGGUUACAAACCAGUUCCUGAAGGUGCUGAAAGUAUUGCUACAGACAGAGAAAAUGCUAAAGCUUUGGCACAAGCGCUGUUCACUUCCAUAGGAACUCCAAUGGCACUAUGUUGUGUUAUUUACUCUUUCCUCUAUUGCACCUAUCCAAGAGAUAAGGAGCGGGCUCAAAUGGAGGCACUGAUAGAAUCAGAGAUGCAAAUCAUUGGCUUGGAUAAUUCUCCGACGACUCAACAAUUUUCACAAGUCAAGUCAUCUGAAUUCCAAGAGCACCUUGAAGACAGAAUCAUUGUUGAAAUGGAUUAUGGGGAAGAUGGACUUGAUUUUGACGACGAUGAUGAAAAGACACUCGUCAACCAUCGCCCAACAUUUUCUCAGCUGGAUCUAUAGUAGUCAUAAUAUCAAGAAAGACUUCUAUUUACCUGGAUGAUCAAAUGACUACACAUCUAACUCAAAACAUAUAUCAGUCGAUCAAUAGUUUAUGGAGUGAUUUAGAUUUUUGACCAUCAUAGAAAGCUAUGAUGAGGAUCAACAGUUGUAUAGCACCUUAGAUUUUGUUUUUGGAAAAAGCCUCCGAAGUGCAGGGUAACCCUUCUGGUCUGAUCUUCCCGUACCCCGCGUAUAGUGGGAGCUUAGUGCAUCGGGCUGCUCUCUUUUGUAUUGUUUUGUGCAUUAGUAUAUUUUCUUGAGAAUAGAAGUCUCAAGAUUAGUUUAACAUAGAUCACCUCUCAGAUGACACACUGUACAGGGGGACUUGUAUUAUUUCCUCUUGUAACUCUGUAGAUCAAUAUGUUCUUAUCUAAAUAUUGUGUGAAAUCAUUGGUUGUAGA